GAAAAAGAGAAAGGAGGCGGAAGGGAGGAAUGAAAAACCCGCCCACCUGUGCUUUCCGUCUCUCCGCGAUCCAGCUCCGACGUUGUCACUUUUCCUCUCUACGAUUGCAAAUCUCUGAAAUCGGCGAUGCAGCGGCAAGCUUGCCAAGGAAGGAGGGUGUUCGACGGUUGGUCGUCUAGAUCAGAAGGGAAGGUGUGGACGACGCCGGUGCGAUGUGAAGGGGAAUGGUGCAAGGGAGGUUGUCAGGGAAACAACGAAGGAUUAUUUCUGGCCAGGGCAAAGGUGGAGGUUAGACCUCUGAAUAGACUAGGGGAGGGAAGUGUUUUGCAGUACCAAUAGGGAAUGACUUGCAGAUGCAGUCGAGAGGACGAGAAAAGCAUGCUUUGAUCUCAUUUUCUCUCUCAAUUGGUAUUAGUCUAUUCACAAUUUAGAUUAUAGCAUUGUAGUAACUGGCCGUCCUCAUUAGAAAA